CGACAUAAUAACCCUCGGAGCUUGGGCAUAACCUGCCUCUAUUUCAACAACCAUAAUGCAAUUUCCCUAAUAGUAUUGAACCCCUUCUCCCCAUCUUUCGCAAUGAUUUCUCGAUAUCGUGCUCGUAGAGGCUCCCCUGAACCUCUCCAAAACACCUCCACAUACUCGAAAUCCUGUUCCUCGUCAUUUAACAUUAAACGUAAACUCGAAUCUCCGUCCGAACAUCAAAAUCCACGCACGAAAAAGCCUCGAUUUCGUCCUCGUGGCCGCAAAUAUUCCAAACCUCCCGAAGAUUCUAAACCUCCUGAAGAUUCUGAACCUCCUGAAGAUUCUGAUCCUCGCGAAGAUCCCGAACAUCGCAAAGACCCUCAUGUAAAGUCGUGGGCAGCAUCUAUCUACAAUCCUGGAAACCCAUAUGAACAACCGGACCUAGAAUCUAUCACUAGCUCAGCAAGACAUUAUCUCGAGAUGCCUUCCGCUCCGUCUUUAAAACUAGCAGCCUCGGUCCGAACCACGCAAUCUAGCGAUAUCACCAAUGAUAGCCAAUACCGAACGGAUGUCCUCAACCCAAAGGGAAUCAAUCUACUACCCUCUUCCAACUGGACAAAUAGAAAGACCACUAAUGCGCUCAUUCCAAGUUGGGUCGAAAGUAUUGUCGAACAUAUCAUAGAUCAAGACUACGUCGCAAGCGAUCCAAGCGACUUGUCUACUUGCCCACCCGAUCAUAUAUUGUCUACCAAAUGCAUCAAUUUGUAUAAUCGAAUGCAUAAACUUCAGACAUUUUAUAUCGAAGAAAUGGUCAAGACGAAGCUGUAUUUAUACAUCGAGCCUCUGUCAGUCGAGCAAAUGGGUAUGGAACGGUUAUAUGAAACCAGAUGUCAACCAUUCACUUUGUCGUCGCUGAUGAGGGUCUCGGGCACCACUGAGACGGCUGAUACCCCCUUAACGAUUCAAUCUUGGCCUGCAAAGCCUGUACCUGAUAUCAUCUACGGAUAUACGUGCGAUUCAUUCCCUGGUGUUAAGUCAACAGCGCCAAUGGAUGAGUUGAAAGCAACCUAUUGUAAUAAAUCUGGGCUUAUGUUUCCUUACCUUCCCGUGGAGUUCAAGCCAAUGAGCGGCAACCUAUGGCAUGCCGCAAACCAAUGUAUGGGCGGUUCAGCAGCAUCUCUGCGCCAAACCGAAAGUGUGCUCGGUCAUGAACAAGUCAUCUUCAGCGUAGGUAUGACCGAUGAGAUCGCGGAUAUCUACGUUAUGUGGUCAAGCCCAGAACCAGCCAAUCCGAUACAUAAAGCCAAUGUCGAACGGUAUUACACCAUGCAGAAAAUCGCGUGUCUCGUCAUAUCCGAGAUCGAACAUUUCAAACGGUUUUGGAACAUCCUAGCCAACAUCCACAAAUGGGCAGCGUCGUCUAGGUACGAAAAGGUAAAGGAAGAUCUUUUCAAGCACUUUAAGCCCCCGAGAACACUUUUACCUACUCCAGCACUCGAGAUGGUUAAAGCGAUUUUUUAAGCCAAUUAGCAAGUUUGGAGCUCGGGAUGUGUGUUCCCGGCACGGGGACCUCCUGU